GACAAUUCUGCUCACCCUGACUCUUAACUGAAACUCAUUUAUAGUAUGCAAGCCGUUAAGCGUCUCUUGUAGUCGUGUCAAUUAGAUAGUGUCUUAUAUUAUUACCAAUGACAGUAAACCAGAAGAAAUGCCCAGUCUUGACUAUAUUAACAAUGACAGUAAACCAGAAAUGCCCAGCCAUGACUAUAUUAACAAUGACAGUAAACCAGAAAUGACCAGUCUUGACUAUAUUAACAAUGACAUUAAACAAGAAAUACCCAGUCUUGACUAUAAUAACAAUGACAGUAAACCAGAAAUGACCAGUCUUGACUAUAUUAACAAUAACAGUAAACCAGAAUUGCCCAGUCUUGACUAUAUUAACAAUGACAGUAAACCAGAAAUGCCCAGUCUUGACUAUAAUACCAAUGACAGUAAACAAGAAAUACCAAGCCUUGACUAUAUAUUAACAAUGACAGUAAACCAGAAAUGCUACGUUAGUUUAGUGCUAGCCUACCUGUGUUACGUUAGUUUAGUGCUAGUCUACUCAGUGUUACGUUAGUUUAGUGCUAGCUUACUUAGUGUUACGUUAGUUUAGUGCUAGUCUACUCAGUGUUACGUUAGUUUAGUGCUAGUCUACUCAGUGUUACGUUAGUUUAGUGCUAGCUUACUCAGUGUUACGUUAGUUUAGUGCUAGCCUACUCAGUGUUACGUUAGUUUAGUGCUAGUCUACUCAGUGUUACGUUAGUUUAGUGCUAGCUUACUUAGUGUUACGUUAGUUUAGUGCUAGUCUACUCAGUGUUACGUUAGUUUAGUGCUAGUCUACUCAGUGUUACGUUAGUUUAGUGCUAGCCUACUCAGUGUUACGUUAGUUUAGUGCUAGUCUACUCAGUGUUACGUUAGUUUAGUGCUAGUCUACUCAGUGUUACGUUAGUUUAGUGCUAGUCUACUCAGUGUUACGUUAGUUUAGUGCUAGUCUACUCAGUGUUACGUUAGUUUAGUGCUAGUCUACUCAGUGUUACGUUAGUUUAGUGCUAGCUUACUUAGUGUUACGUUAGUUUAGUGCUAGUCUACUCAGUGUUACGUUAGUUUAGUGCUAGUCUACUCAGUGUUACGUUAGUUUAGUGCUAGCCUACUCAGUGUUACGUUAGUUUAGUGCUAGUCUACUCAGUGUUACGUUGGUGAAGUGCUAAUCUACCCAGUGUUACGUUGGUUUAGUGCUAGUCUACUCAGUGUUACGUUACUUUAGUGCUAGUCUACUCAGUGUUACGUUAGUUUAGUGCUAGCCUACUCAGUGUUACGUUAGUUUAGUGCUAGUCUACUCAGUGUUACGUUGGUGAAGUGCUAAUCUACCCAGUGUUACGUUGGUUUAGUGCUAGUCUACCCAGUGUUGUUGAACAUAAAGAGAGAACCUGUUCAAGGUGAGCAACAAAACAUCACAGGCGGCGAUUGUUGUCGUUACCUGCCGAGUACAGGUGGGAGGAUGACAAGAUCGGUGAGUGGGGAGGUCAUGACCUUACUCUGUGAAUAGGCGCACGUGAGAUGUGUUUAUUUAUGGUAAACGGAUUAUUCUGAUGUACUUGGCAUGUGUUUACUUGUGUACAUGAAAUAUGUUUAUAGAAUAACAUGAGGUUUAUUUAUUGUGUUUUCAUCAGAUGGGUUCACUGAUGUACAUGAAAUAUUAUUAUGUUUUCUGGUUUACAGGAAAUGUGCUUACUGUGUACAUAAGAUGGGUUAACUGAUUGACACGAGGUUGUUUACUGGUGUACAUGAUAGGUGUUUAUUGGUGUGCAUUAGAGUAAUUACUGAUGUACAUACAAUUGUCUACUAUGUACAUGAGGUGUGUUUAUUGCAUAUAUCAGAUGUUUAACUGGUGUACAAGACAUGUCUUUUCUGAAUUACAUGAAAUGUCUUUAUUGCACAUGAGAUGUGUUUACUGUGUACAUUAUAUCUCUUUACAUGUGGACAUGAAUUGUUUACUUAUGUACAUGACAUGUGUUUAUAGCUUACCUCUGAUGUUUUACUCUUGUACAUGAAAUAUCUUUACUGUGUACCUGAGAUGUGUUACUGUGUACAUGAGAUAUCUUUAUUGGGAUAGGCCUACACGAGAUUGUUUACUUAUGUGUACAUGAUACGUGUUUGUUGGUGUACCUUAUAUGUGUUUACUGGUGUACAUGGGAUGUUUGCACAAUUGCCCUUUCUUGCUCUUUUUUGAUAAUCUCUCUCUAUUUAUGUAUCUAUCCAUCAAUCCAUCUGUCCAUUUAGUAAUAAUAUCCAUGUAUCAAUGAGUAUCAUCUAUAAUCGAUCAAUAGAUCGAUCGAUCAAUCGAUCAAUCUAUCGAUCUUUCUAUCUUUCUAUCUAUCUAUCGAUCGAUCGAUCCAUCCAUCCAUCCAUCCAUCCAUCCAUCAGUCCAUCCAUCCAUCCAUCCAUCCAUCCGUAUAUCCGUCCGUCCGUCCGUCGAUCCAUCCAUCCGUCUGUCUGUCCGUUUUCUAUAUGCCUGUCUGUCAAUCUGUCCUUCCGCCCGACUGUCUAUCCAUUUCUUGUUAUUCUUCAAAAUUAUAUGAUGAAAUUGUUAUUUUCGGAAGCCCUUUUUGCCACAAUGAUUUAGAGUUAUAUUUUUGUCUCUAUCAAGAGCUAUAAGUAGACUACAGUUGUCCAACAAAUAUAUUAUUUUUAACUAUACUGUAGCCCGAGUCAUAAUGCAAAAGAGUCCACAGCAUUUUUUUCAUUUCAAAGAUUAUCUUUGCAAACUUAAAAAAAAAGAUGUCUUGCUAGCGAUGUUUGAAAUUAUUUGUAAUUUCUUAAGAUAGCUACUGAUUACAUUCACAUUUGUAUUUAGUUUUAACACAAUGGUCGACAAACUCAUUAGUCAAAAGAAACAAAAAUCAGCAGAAGGACAAUUUAAAAAUUUGGGGGGCCAAAUUUCUUUUCAAGAAACUGUCAAGAACAAUGUUUUUCGAAGUCAAACCCGAUUUGUGGCCAACUGAACGAGCCGCACUCAGGGUGCUAAAGAGCCGCAUGCGGCUCGCGAGCCGCGAUUUGACGACCACUGUUUUAACAUAUGUAUAUUAUAUUAAUUUCAGUUAUGUAAGUUCACAUCGUUUUAAUAUACUUACAUAACUUAUAUAAAUGUUUUUUUCAAUUAAAAAAAAAAUAUAUGGGCGUGUUUUUAAUCCCCAUGUCUAUAAAUAAAACUUUUGGGUACCCACCUUAUUGGCUGGUUCCAGCAACCUCUUUCUAGAUCCCACAGUUCGCUUAAAGAAACUAAAACUCCUUCGAAGAAUCUGCAACCUCCUCUUAGAACACACAACCUUCUAUGAGAACACACAACCUUCUAUCAGAACACAGAACCUUCUAUCAGAACACACAACCUUCUAUCAGAAAACACGACUCUCUGUACCUGCUAUGAUAUCCACUUGUUAAGUCAAAGCUGCGGUGACUGACCAGAUGCGGUCCCCUCCCCCCACGAGUUGGGAGAUGGCAAGCGAAUGUUGUUAAGGCCAGUAGGGCGAACGUGUGGGCUCGAUAUAUGAGUCGCGUGCAGGCGCGUGUCUCUGGCGGAACGGUGUGGAUGUGGAUCAAACUGUCUUUUACGUGCUACCGGACCAGUUCUUCUCACAACAUCCUAAAGGGCCAAUUCAUCUCAAACCAUCCUAAAGGACCAGUUCUUCUCACACCCCCUAAAGGACUUGUUCUUCUAACACUUUCCUAAAGGACCAAUUCUUCUCACAACAUCCUAAAGGACCAAUUCAUCUCAAACCAUCCUAAAGGACCAGUUCUUCUAACACCCCCGAAAGGAUCAAUUCUUCUCACACAUUCCUAAGGGACCAAUUCAUCUCAAACUAUCCUAAAGGACCAAUUCAUCUCACACUAUCCUAAAGGACCAAUUCAUCUCAAACCAGCCUAAAGGACCAAUUCAUCUCACAAAAUCCUAAAGGACAAAUUCAUCUCACACCAUACUAAAGGUCCAAUUCAUUUCACACCACCCUAAAGGACCAAUUCAUUUCACACCACCCGAAAGGACCAAUUCAUUUCACACCAUCCUAAAAGGCCAAUUCAUUUCAUACCAUCCUAAUGGACCGAUUCAUUUCACACCAUCCUAAAGGACCAAUUCAUUUCACACCACCCUAAAGGACCGAUUUAUUUCCCACCACCCUAAAGGACCAAUUCAUUUCACACCAUCCUAAAGGACCAAUUCAUUUCGCACCAUCCUAAAGGACCAAUUCAUUUCACACCACUCUAAAGGACCAACUCUUCUCAUAUGGUCCUACAAGGCUAUUUCUUCUUACAUCGUCUUGAAGGACCAUAUCUUCUCACACUAACCUAUAGGACCCAUUCUACCCACACCGUCCUACAUAACCAAUAGUCUCACAAAGGAGGUAUUUCAGUUGUGGGCCCUAAUGAAUGCUGGGCCCAUUCGACUCAAAGGAAGAACAAAAAGAGGGGGGGAAGGUGCUUCAGUGAACUUGAUGGUCAUAGACUAAUGGAAUGACCUUGACAUUUAUGAUGGUCAUAGACUAGAAGAAUGCCCAUGCCAUUUAUAAUGUCAUAGACUAUCAGAAUGACCUUGACAUUUAUGAUGGUCAUAGACUUACAGAAUGACCUUGACAUUCGUGAUGGCCAGAGACUAGAAGAAUGUGCUUGACAUUUAUGAUGGUCAUAGACUAGCAGAAUGACCUUGAAAUUUGUGAUGGGAAUAGACUAACAGAAUGACCUUGAAAUUUGUGAUGGGAAUAGACUAGACUAACAGAAUGACCUUGACAUUUACGAUGAGCACUAGUGCGCGUGUUAAACCAGCCCGUAAAACUGAUAAUAAACUUUAGAGCUUGUCAGUUGUGAAAGAUUUCACUUUUAUCGUGUAAAAAAAUAUAUAUUAAGGUUAGUGCUGCAGGAUAUUUUGUAUGAGAUUAAAUACAACUUAACGCGAGGGUUGUUUUAAUUAAGAUGUUUGUUGACUUGUCGUUUUCCGAGUUGUCUUUUUAAUUUAUAAUAUCUUUUUUUUUUUUUUUUUUUUUUUUUUUAGCUUUUAAAAUUUUUUUUUUUUUUUUUUUUUUUUUUUUUUUUUUUUUUUUUUUUUUUUAGCAUUUAAAAAUUUAGUCUUUCAAACAGAGAGAGCUUAUUGCCAAUGGCUCUCAGUGAGAGCUUAUUUCCAUGGCUCACAGUUAGAGCUUACUGUCAUGUCUCGUAGAGAGAGCUUAUUGUUGGUAUUCUAAAAUCAGAUAAUACCGUGAACUCCAAAAUCUGACGUCAGAACGCUCCAUUCUUAACAUGAACCACAGUGCAGCCACACCACUUAUGUUGAUGCCUUCCCUUUUUUUUUCAUCAGGACAGUUUCUGUAUAUUUAAAUAUAUUGCCUAUGUCAUGUUGUCAGAUAUUUCAGAAUGUAAGAUUAAUUUCUACAAAAAAAUACGAACUUUUGGAAUUUUAGCAACAACAAAAAAUAAAAUAAUAAAAAAUACAAAUUUAAAACCAUAAUUCUUCAAGAUCUUAAAAUUCGAAUGGAAAGAAAACAAUUUCUGUUUUUAAAGCUCUCGAGGAAAAUCAUAAGCUCGGGGAAUCCUUUCUUUUGUAUAAACUUCAGUGGGCUUACAAACGUCUGUCUCUAUGAUUGUUUCAGACCCCGUUUUUUUUUUUUUUUUUUUUUUUUUUUUUGUGGCUAUAACAUCUCCACAUCUGCCCCACAGAGUGUCUAGAACUUCAUUUUGGGUGUAUUCAUUUCUUCAAAAAGGUAUGAGGGACAUUUAUAGCUGUCUGGUGUCCAUUGAUAGUUGUCAGAUGUCCAUUCAUACCUGUCAGGUGUCCAUUCAAAGCUGACAGGGGUCCAUUCAUGGCUGUCAGGUAUCCAUUCAUAGAUGAACACAAGCCUUGUCAUUUACAUUUGAUCAAACGGUAGUGGUGUGGAUGGUUGAACAAUUUAAAAUGAAUUAUUUAUUUUAUUUACUUUUGCAUUUUUUUAAAUGUAACAUUAGUCUACAUGGACAAAAUAUUUAUUGAUUUUAAACAUCUGAUUAAAUUUUGUUCCUGUACGUAGACCAAUGCGUUAAUGAAUGAUGAUUCCACUCCAAUGCAAUUGGAACGUUAUUGCAAUUUUUUUCUUGGAAACAAAGGGCAGUGUAACUUUUUUAAUUUCAUGGUUAUCCCCCUUUAAUAAAACGAAUGUCAACACGGCAGCUCACGUAGUAGAUCCUCUUAUUCCACCUGUAGAAAUGACAUUUGAAGAUGGUUAUGUUGGUAAAUAUUAAUCUAAAUAGUUAAUAAACAUUGCGCAGCGUAUAUUCCCCCCCCCCCCGCUAAUUUUCAAAGCUUUAUAUUCAUUGCAUAAAAAGGGGAUGGGGGAAUCCAAAGGUGACGAAAUGUGUCCAAAAAAAAAAAAUAAAUAAUUAAAAAACAUUGCGCAGCGUAUAUUCCCCCCCCCCCCGCUAAUUUUCAAAGCUUUAUAUUCAUUGCAUAAAAAGGGGAUGGGGGAAUCCAAAGGUGACGAACUGUGUCCAAAAAAAAAAAAAGUAGUGUGUUUGGAGGGGGGCAAGUGGGUCACGAAUAUUAGACGAUGUACUAUGCGGGCGGGUGUUAAAAUGUGUAGACUGUAGACAAAUUUAACGAUGACGUGGGGAUAGGCCUAAGCGUGAAAAGAAUUUGUGAAACAGUUUUUCAGGUUUGCUUGUUAUCACGUUUAAAUUAACAUGUAGCAGAUGAUAAUCUGUUUUGUGCUUCUGCUAGACAGCCCCAAGAUUUUCUUUUAUAGCUAAGAAGGAGAAAAACAUAUUUAUAAAUUAAAUCCGCCAAAAAUUCUUUGCGAAAUAAAAAUAAUAGUACUAAUCUCUUUCAUAUAAUAAUAACAAUAAAUAAAUAUAUGAGCCAAAAUGAUAAAUAAAUUGAUCGUGGGCCCUUAAGAUAUAGAAGAAGAAGAAGAAGAAGAACGAAAUAAUAAAUAAAAACAUAAAUACUAAAUAUGAUUAAAAACUUUAUCAAUAACGCUUAAUCCGCAAUUUUUUAAUUAAUUUGAAGCCCGCAUAUUGUGUCAUCAAAAAAUUUUAAAAAUGUCUAAUAGUUUAUCAUUUUAAAACUUUCCAAAUUUUGUUUCGGUGUUUAAAGAUAGGUCUUUGUUUUUAAAACAGGAACUCUUCAAUCGCGAUUCCAAAUAUCCGGUUUUCCUUUUCUAAUUUUGUCGCUUUGAGAAAGGGUAUGUACGGCUUCAAAUAAAAUAAAAAAUCAGCCUCCAUCGUUCGCCCUAUUCAUCUAAAUAAGUUAAAAGUCAUUAGAUACAUUUUUUUGUUUAAUCAGCAUGUUAGAUUUUCCAUAUAGGGUGCAAACAAAACUAAUAUUUGAUGAAAAAAUAUCAGUCGAAUGAGCUGCCGGAUCGGCAAUAGAUUAUGAAUACAGGUUAGAUGUAGUACCAUUUCGUUAGAAACGGUUGAGAUUGUAAGAAAUAUUCAACAUUUCCACAGAACACUCAACGUUUUUUUGUAGUAAAAAUAUUAAGCACUUAUAGGGUGCUAAUAUUGAGCUGUGCCCAAAUCAAAUUCUAUUCAUUAAUAAUAAAAAAAGGGGGGGGGGGGUUUACAAUAAUAAAAAGGUCCAACCAAGACCUUCACUUGUUGAUGUAGCCUAUAAAGGAAACUUUUAAAGACAUAUUCCUACAAAUGUUUAUAUAAGAACAACUGACCAAUGUACAGUAGCUUAAUUAAAUGGAGUAAUCAGUAAUCCUAUUGGGUAGACCUGUGGAGACUGGUGACUUUUUUUCAGGUCUAGGGAUUAAUCAUUUAGAGUAUACUUUCACUUACUUUAUUUAGCACAUUAAAUUAAAUAGCCUAAUUGUUUUGGUUUUUUUCUCUUCUCUUAGCAUCAAGAUGCUUAUUCCAAAAAAGAAUAAAGUUGCCAUCUAUGAAUACCUUUUCAAGGAGGGUGUCCUUGUGGCAAAGAAAGAUCCUUUUGCUGCCAAGCACCCAGAAAUUGAAGUGCCCAACCUUCAUGUCAUGAAGGCAUUAACAGUAUGACUUUUUUUGUAUUGACCCUGUCUGUGAUAAUUUUCCUACUGAUUAUUGUGUUUGUAAAAGUUCAGUAUUAACCAGAAACCAGGUGUAUGAUUACUGGAUUUCUAGAUAAACAAGUCAUUCAUCUUCUUUGUUAUAUAUUAUAUUGCUUUGUCUAUCUUAUGGGUGCAGGGUGGUCGAGCUGUCAAUCCCAAGCUUGUAGGCUAGGCUGGUGUUCAAUCUCCGUCAAAUGUCUAGCUAGCAAAUACACCAGCACCUGGCCUGGGUGGGACUUGUUAACCUGUCAUUCCAAGAAAAAAAACAUUGCAAUUAGGAUAAUAUAGCUACAUGUAGCCUAAUGACUAACAUUUUUCACAUAACAAAAAGAAACAGAUGCGUGAUUUUUUGAAAAAUAAAAAUGAUUUCUUUUUAUAAUUCGGCUUACCGGUGCUGGUACCUCUGUUGAUAAUUACAUGUAUAUUACACCGGUUCUCCCCCCCUUUUUUAGGGGGGGGGGUGAAAUUCCCCCUCUUGGCAGGCCUGGGUGAAGUGUUCAUGUGUAGUAAGGGGGGGUGGUAGUGGUGGUGUUUUUUUGCCAAGUUAAUUAUUUAUUCAUCCUCUCCUUAGCCCAAACUUCAUGAUUUAAGACCUAAAAUUCAUUGCAACACAUUUGAAGACAUUUUUAUCUCAUUGGCUAAAUGGAGAAUUAUUUAUGUUUUCCUUGCUUUGCUAUUACAGACCAGUUUACUCUUACGAUUUUGGCGUACUAUGUACGAUAUUCAGGUGCAAACGUCAUUUAUUUCUGCGUGGUUUUUUUUACUAUUAAGAUAAUGUAUUGAAAGAUUUUGUGAUGAUUUUGUAUGAUUUUAAGAGUUUUAGGGUAAACAGGUCUGCUAUUAGUCGCCUAUAGCUUUUUAAAUCCUGUCCUGUUAAUGAACUAACCAACAAUUUUGACACUUAGUGAGCGCCUUAUAUUUUUUAUCAAAGCAUUAUUUUCAAAUAGGGAGGUUUGAAAAAAUUAAGCAGGUAUGUUAAUUUUAGGUAAGCCUGGGGGUCUAUUAUGUAUUGCCAGGCUAAUCCUAGUGCCGGCAUAGUUUUUAAAAAAAGAGUUAAAAUGUUGUAUUUUGUAUUAAAAAUGCCAUUGCACUAUUCUAUUUUCUUACAUUAGUUACUAAUAUCUGCAACACUGGCAAUUUAUGUUAACAUAAAUAUUUAUAAACAUUAUUUUCAUUUAGAGUCUAAAAUCCAAAGGAUUUGUUAGAGAACAGUUUGCAUGGCGUCAUUAUUAUUGGUACCUGACCAAUGAAGGUAUCCAGUAUCUUCGUGACUUCCUCCAUCUACCAGCAGAGAUUGUGCCUGCGACACUAAAGAGACAGACACGCACAGAGGCACCAAGGCCAACAAGACCUAAAGGUAAUUUAUCAUGGCAUGGCUUAAUCCGAAGCUUUAUCUUGUAAUUCAUAGGCAAACUUUAAAAAAAAUAUUUUUUGUUUCAAGCAAAUAAAGUGGGGUAAUAUGCCAAUGACUGAAUUUAUUUGGGCAAAUCAAUUCUGUGAUAGAAAGCCGUAACUCUUACAUGCCAGGGGGUUUUUCACAUUUGUGACAGACCAGUUUUCGGCUAAUGGAACUUUUUUAGGGUGCUCUUAUCUAUUAAUUAGUUUAUAAUACAUUUUUUAGCAAGAUGGAUUUAUUCAAUAUCGAAUUAGACGGAGUAUAAUGAUACGUAAUAGAUAAAACAAUAUGUAGGUAUUCCAACUCAAAUUGUACUAUUUUCUUGAAUUUUUUGGCUAUUAAAUGUAGAGAUGUCAAAUUUGGAGGCAUUUACGAUACAAAGUUAAACAAAACACAUGAAUUGUGAAUUAUCUUAUUAUAUUUUAUUAAAUAUGACUUAUGAGCUUAUGGGUGGAUAACAAUUGUCAUAAAAUUUAAAAUUAAAAAUAAAUGCGCACCAGAUCUGAACUUACCAGACUACCAUAUGGUCUAUUCUGCUUCAAUCCUCAGACAUAUCCAUUUUUGAUCAGAAUGUAUUAUACAUUUUGAAAAUAUUCCAUUCAGUGGCGGAGUUGAACACUUUUUUGUAACAUAGGUGUGGUAUUAUCUCAUUGCUCACUGUUGCCAUAGUAACAAAGUGGUUUUGAAAAGAAAAAUCAUAACUUUUGAACCACUUGAGCUAGAAAGUUGAUCUUAGGGUUUAUGUAUUCCAUUCUCUGGGCUCUAUACAGCUGUGGUAUUCUUGUAUUUUUACAAAUGUUUUGAAAUAUUUACCAAAUAUUUGCCAACUGUCACCACUAUUAGUAAUACUAUUACUAUCAUCUCCUCUAUUUCUAUUGGGCAUUUACUAAUCCAUCAGAAAGCUGAAAAUCAUCACUUGAAUCAAAUUCAAAGGAUUCAUGCUAUUGUCAGAUGUUUUAGGAUAAAUAAUUUGCUUAAAACCUCUUUUGCCUGCAAACGGUACGUGGUAUGGUAACACCUGAUGUGCUCAGAGUAGGCAUGGCCAUUGCUUUUUUUACAAAAGUUUCAUCACAAAUCGAACUAUCAUUAGAAAUAGAAAGACACAUGUAAACAGGCCCUACUUCUAAAAGUCGAAUUGAUGGCCAUAGGCACAGAAAUAAAUGACUAAAUAUUUCAACAAUAUAUCGUAUAUAUAUAAUAUAUUUGUAUAUUAAAUUUUAAGCUUUUUAAAUUCGAUUGUGCUUAGUCAUUUUGUUUUUCAUAUGUGUAGUUACAGAAUAUUAUCAAUCUUUUCACAGCUUCCGAAGGUCCCCGUGGAGGUGGUGCUACUGACAGACAGGAAUACCGUAAAGCUGGGCCACGUAAGUUUUUAUUUCUUGUUUUGUUGCAACAAUUUUUACCGACCCACAGCUAGGCAACUUCCCUUGAAAGAUAGUUUUUUAUGUCAGACAGUUGAAUAUCACCUGUGAUGAUUGUUAACGGCUUUUAGCAGCAAAAUCAACAUAUGUUCAGUUACUAAUUUUUUACGUUAAAGUUUGUUAAUCCCACCAUCAUUUGUGACAGAGUAUAAAUUUCAUUUCAAUUACCGGUAAUCAUAAAAAAAAUGUUAAUUUGAACUAAAUUUGUUUUUUCUAUUCUUUGAGAGAUAGCUAUAAACAAAUAUUAACUUUUUUUUUGAGGAGUUAUUCAAAUGUUUUAUAGGUAGCCAUUGGAUUCACCGUUAUAAUAUUUUUAUUUCAUUACCAAUGUGCCCUAUAGAUUCAUUUUGUUAAUUGUCGUUGACUUUUUUAAAAUCUUUAUUUAGCUGGUACAGACAAGAAAUCAGAAGUUGGUGCUGGUUCUGAGAAAUUUGAAUUUGUACGUAUUUAAGUUAUAUUUUGGGGUUUGGUAUUGAUAAUUAACUGUUGUUUCAUUAAACUAUGAGUCUUUCAAUAGGUAGUCCAAACUGAAAUUAACUUUUCAUAGCAGAGGUGUGGUGAGUUUCACCUGAUGGACCUUUUUACUCUAAGAUAUAUGCCACAUAUUUUUUCUAGAUAUCUCAAACAAAAAAUGUUUGCAAUUUUCAUAUUUUCUGAAAAUUUAUCCCCAAAAAACUUAUUUUUUUAAAAAGUGCUCUUUUAAGGCCUACAAUUUCUAAAAAAAAAAUCAACAGAAAAGUCUAGGAUUUGACUUUUUUGCUUCAUUAACGUUAGUUAAUAAUAUUUAAGACCAAUUUUUUCAAACAGCAAGACCAAUUUUUUAUAAGUUGUAAAAAAAAAUAACAAGAAUGCUACUUAGCAAUUUUAUUAUUUUGACAGAAAAAUUGUAAAUACCGUAUACACAAUUUUAAGAAUUCAAAAAAUUUGUCAUUGACUUACAAUAAUAUCAUAUUAAAUAAAAGAUAAUAUUAAGCAGAACGAAAUAUUUACUUACCAGAGGUCAAAUCCUUGUCUUGGGGCAGUUCUCUCUCUUUUUUCCUUCUACAUUGUUGAUAGUUACUGGAUUUAAAAAUCAAAUGAAAAAAGUAUCAUAAUUAAACUAGUCACUAUUGUGUAGCAUCAGUUUUGCAAUAAUGAGUCAAAGAUAAUGUUAAUUAGGGCGGCAUCUAAAAAAAAAGUAAAUUUGAGAUUCAUGGGUGCUAAGACUCAAUGAUAGAAGUGGGCGUGUCAUUAUCAUUAUUCUGAUAAAUAAACGUAGGUACUACUGGUAGGACUAGGGGGUCUUAGAUGAUUUCUAGCUGAGAAGUAAGUUUUAUUGAAUUUUAAUAUAUUAUUCACAACCUCACUAUCAAGUUGAUUCAACCAAUUUGUUUUUAAAAUGUAUUGUAAUGCAUAAUGUUUGAUUCACUCGAGUGGUCGGCCCACUUCUACUCUCGUUGGUGGAAGUUGGCCUCCGCCGUAACACUAGUAGUAGUGACCAACGCGUCAGCCGGCUAGUGCUUGGGCUAUUGAACUGGAAAUAGUGGCGUUUUUGUGAACAUGAAGGCUUCACCUCAAGCGUACCCACUCAUUUGAUAUUAUGAUAUUAGGUAUUCUAAAUGAAAAUUUCAUAAUGAAAUUAAAUAAAAUUGAACUAUUCCCCUUAAAAGAGCUUGACUUCAUCAGAUCAGAACCACAAAUUUUAACUCUAUCUCCAACAAUAAAAAAGUUAUUAAUUUUUUAAAAAUCUGGAACAGGGUCAAUUUUUAGAAGCCGGGAAACUGUAGUUUUGACACCCGCUAUCUCCUAAAAUAACUAAGUUAGAACUUUCAAAUCUCUUGCCCACACAACCAGUUAAACAUAUAACAAGCUCAAUUUUUUUUAGGGUUGUCACGAAAAUGUAAAUAUAUUUUUUAUUCAUCCAAAAACGAGCUGAAGCUCAAUUUUAUAAAAUAUUAAAAUGGAGACAAAAAGUCAAUUUUAGUUCAUUUUAAAAAAUUAUAAAAAAUCAAUUAGUUAAGUUAUUAUAAAUAUACAGGAGUCAAGUAAAAGGUAAUUUAAAGCACGACAAUGUGAAAUCAUGAGGCAAAGGUGAAAUCAAACAAAAUAAUUUACAUAAAUUAUUUCAGCAAGGCAUGCAUUUCAAACAUUUUUGAAAAUUCAUAAAAAAUUAACGAAGCAAGAUAUCUUUACGAAUGUUACACAGUAUUGUAGAACAUGUUAAUCUUUUCAAUAAUAAAGCAACAGACUUACGUUUAGGAAACAAAAUUCUUCUCCACAUACAUUUCCCUGCACUGGUUUAAUGAGAUUUAUAAUAAUAAUAAUUUAUAUUAUUUAAUAGUAAUAGUUGUCAACUUAGCAUUUAUGAUCAUGUCAUUGCUAUCAAUAUAAUAACAAAAUUCAAAUAUAACUAAUAUUACAAGCGGUAAUACUAGCCCGUACUGUUGUCCAGUGUUAGUGUUGUUACUCAGCAUGUUUUGGCAGUGGUCUGGCUCUUCUCGUUCUUAUGUAAUGGAAUGGUAUCUGUCUUAAGUUGUUUUCAGUUUCAUCCAAUGAAAUGUUAAAAUUAAAACUCAAAAGUUUACAAGAUUUUAACUGCCUCCUAUUUGCCCUAAUUAAUAGGGGUGUGCCGGACCCCGGUCCGGAAUCCGGUUCCGCCGGAUUUUGCACUAUCCGGUGAAAUCCGGUUCCGCCGGAUUUACAUGUAUCCGGAACAACCGGAUUCCGGAAUAUACCGGAUUUCGGAAUUUGCCAGAUUUUGUGACUCACCGGAUCAUAAUCUGAAAUAAAAGUAAUUCUCUUUCCCGAAUUCCACACGAUCACGAUACAUUAAUCGAUUGUUUCGAGCGUUGAGCUUGUUUAAUGUUUAAUAUUCCGUACAUACCAGAGGCUAGAGUCAGCACCGCUAAUAGUGGCCAAUAGUGUAGGGACUUUGAUAAGAAAAUUUAAACUUUUUGUAAAAAUAAACCAAUGGCAUGGUUGAAAAGAUGUAAUUUUUUAAAGAAUUAUAACACCAAAAUCAUAUUUUUAGCUGUUGUAGUUUUAAAGUUAUGAAUUUUUAAAGUACGACUUGGUUUGUCAUUUUUUAACAUGGACUGCAUCUCCACAUUCUGUGAUCUCAUUCCGCCAAUCCCGUCAUGCGCAAUGACUAUAUAGUUUAUAUAAGGCAACGCAUUCCCUGCCUUAUCACUAAAAUACUGUUUAGACUUAGUUUAAACUUUCAACUUUGGCACAUGAAUAAUUAAUUAAAGCUUUCCCUGACCAAUGGUUUAAUAGUUUUUGCACACGGCAAACUCUUAUGAAUGAAACUCUGAGGUAGUACUACGAUACAGUUAUACAAGUGGCUGUGAAUGGUUGCCAAUGACAACGUUUUGCACACGGUAAAUUCUGAUCAUUUAUAAUAUGGAUUCUACCGGGUUGUUAAAGCUCAAAUUAAAACAUUCUAGUUUAAAUGUCUUUAAAUGCAUUCUGAAACACAAGUUAUCAAUUAUUUUGAUGUAAAUAGUGAUAAUAUAUUAAUAUUUCCUAAGUAUCGUCAACUUCCGCCAUUAAAAAGGGGGGCGUGGCCAACCCCAUGGCGAAAUUAGGUUGAGCGAGCUGCAUGACCUGCUGCGAACGCGUAGAAACAUGGCGUCUCUCGUAAGACACUUAUCCAAAUGGAACGGAACUCAAAUAUAUAUCGAAAGUACUAAUUUAAUAAUAAAUAGGCACACACAUCGGAAAAUUAAAAACUCGGAUUUUUUGGCCCCGAUUGCGAAUUCCCAUACACAAAAAGUAGUAGUCCACCUUGACUUACCGAAGUAUCUACCAAUAGUACCAAAAUCCGGGAGAAACCGGAAUCCGGAUUCGAAUCCGGAUCCGGCGGAUUUCGCAUAAGAAAAUCCGGAUCCGGUUGGAAAAAACGGAUCCGGCACACCCCUACUAAUUAAAAUGAAUACUGCAUACAUGGUAUAUAAUUGAUAACGCAUACACUGUAUACAAAAAUUUCUCCCCGAAGCGUAAUUUUCGCCGGCUCAUUUAGAAUACCCAAUGAUAUUACAUAGUUUUAAAAAAACUGAACUUUCCAAUGGUGUAGAGAAAGUACUAAUAUCUCUGUGUUUUCAAGCCAUUUUUCUUAUGAAUAUUUUCAUCUGGCUUUUUCAAAAAAAAGACAAGCGAGAUACAUAUGCUUUCUGUAGAUCAAACGAAAGAACAUCAUCUGCUCUUUCUUGUGGUGUUAGAAUUAUUUUGGAAACUUUAACAGCUGCAAGCUUUGAAACACAAUGGUGAAAACCUGCACUUGUGUAAACGCCGUAAAAUUUAUCAAAACCAAAAUUUUCAAACCACAAAAUACACUUUCAAAGAGUGUGUUAAAGUUAAAGACAUAAAAGUAAGAUGUUGCACUCGAUAAAAAAUUCACAUAAACCAUUUAGUGCUGUAACACUAGUACAUGUGGGUUAAUUAAUUUUUUUGGAAUCUUCGAAAUAUAACCCAUAAACUCAUUUUUUCACCAGUUUGGGCUACCUACUUAGAGUAUUGUUUUAAAUAAGCUAUCUUGUAGCCAAGAGACACAGGAUACAUUUGCUACUGUACCACAAAAUGAAUAUAUGAUUUUUAUAAAACAAUUUUUAGCUUUAUUUCCGUAUUACUUUUACAUCUUUUUUCUCCUUCAGCGAGGUGGAUUUGGAAGAGGCCGUGGGAGUGGUGGCUUUGGCGGUGGUGCAUCCAGAGAACAGAAUUGAUUUAUUUGAAAACAUUUGGGUGGUAGCAAGAAAGAUGUUCCAAUUGGACAUUGCACUUAUUUGCUGGAAUAAAUCUGUACAUUAAAUUUC